GGCGGAGGGUGGCGGCGGCCGCGGGACACCCGCGCAGGGGAAAAGUCGGGACGGCGUUCCGACGAGCAUCCGUCAUGCCCUCGGCCAGCAGACGAGCACUCGUCAGACGAGCUCGGUGGCGCCGGGGUCGCCCCGGCAUUGCUCUCAUCUGACCUUUUUUUUUUUCUCCCCUCUCUCUUUCCUUCUUUUAUUUUAUUUUUUUAACGUGGAUGGGAAGGUGCGUCAAAAUUAAAUAUGAAGAAAAGAAUGCGGCUUUGGUGGAUUUUAACGUUUGGAUUUUGGAGCGUGUGCGGCGAGCUGCCCUUCAUAGCGGAGAACAACGCGGCCAUGCUGGUCAACUGGAACGCCGUUGAUGGGAACAAAAAGCUGCACGCCAUCUACGAUACGAGCGUCAAAGAGCCUGGCAACAUGUCUUUUGUCAAAGACACGGUGGACAAACUUUUAAAGGGAUACGACAUUCGACUCAGGCCAGACUUUGGAGGUGCCCCCGUGGCUGUUGGCAUGAGCAUCGACGUGGCGAGCAUAGACAUGGUGUCCGAGGUCAAUAUGGACUACACGCUGACCAUGUACUUCCAGCAGUACUGGCGGGACAAGAGGCUGGCCUACUUGGGCAUCCCGCUCAACCUCACCCUGGACAACCGGGUGGCGGACCAGCUGUGGGUGCCCGACACCUACUUCCUCAACGACAAGAAGUCCUUCGUGCACGGCGUCACCGUGAAGAACCGCAUGAUCCGGCUGCACCCGGACGGCACCGUCCUCUACGGCCUCAGAAUCACGACGACGGCCGCCUGCAUGAUGGACCUGAGGCGAUACCCGCUGGACGAGCAGAACUGCACUCUGGAGAUUGAGAGCUACGGAUACACGACGGACGACAUCGAGUUCUACUGGAAAGGAGGCGACACGGCCGUGACGGGCGUGACGCGCAUCGAGCUGCCGCAGUUCUCCAUCGUGGACUACAAGCUGGUCUCCAGGAACGUGGUCUUUUCCACAGGUGCCUACCCUCGACUGUCUCUGAGCUUCAAGCUGAAGAGGAACAUCGGCUACUUCAUCCUGCAGACGUACAUGCCCUCCAUCCUGAUCACCAUUCUGUCCUGGGUCUCCUUCUGGAUCAACUACGACGCCUCGGCCGCCAGAGUCGCUUUGGGUAAACGCAUCACCACGGUGCUGACCAUGACCACCAUCAACACGCACCUGCGGGAGACGCUGCCCAAGAUCCCGUACGUGAAGGCCAUCGACAUGUACCUGAUGGGCUGCUUCGUUUUCGUCUUCUUGGCCCUGCUGGAGUACGCCUUCGUCAACUACAUCUUCUUCGGCCGGGGCCCGCGCAUGCAGAAGAAGCUGGCCGAGCGGGCGCAGAAGGCCAACGACGACCGCGCCGCUUUCGGCCGGCCCGAGGCCGACUCUCGGGGGAACAUCCUGCUGACCACCCUGGAGAUCCACAACGAGGUGGGCGGCCACGCCGUCACCAGCACCGCCCUCGGCAGCGGCAGCGGCAGCGGCAGCGGCAGCUGCUGCAGCAACACCAGUAGCAGCUUGUACGACGCCACGCGCAACUCCACCCCCGCCCCGCUGGACAACUCCUCGGGGGUCCAGUACAGACGGAGCGGCGGGCGGGUCGCUCGCCGGGCGCCGGGCCCGGACGGCCCGAGGAGCCGCCUGAGGAGGCGAUCAUCGCAGCUGAAGAUCAAAAUCCCCGACCUGACGGACGUGAACGCCAUCGACCGCUGGUCCCGCUUCAUCUUCCCUUUCUCCUUCUCCUUCUUCAACGUUGUCUACUGGCUCUACUACGUCAAUUAAUGUGUGUGUGUGUGUGUGUGUGUGUCUUGUUUGAACUCGGACACGGGUCACGAGGUCGUGGACGCGCGGGCAAUGAUGUCGCGCCGUGGUCGCCAGGUCGUCCAGUCGCUAUGAUGUGCCACGAUGUACAGUGGAACCGCUAAGGUCAAACGCUGUUUUUAAGCCAUUUCUCCCAUUGGAAAUAAUGUGUGGCCCCGCAACCCGUCCAGGAUGUAUCCCACUUUUAUCGGCAAAAAUCAUCCAUCCAUCCAUUUUCUUUACCGCUUAUCCUCACUAGGGUCGCGGGCUGCUGGAGCCUAUCCCAGCUAUCUUCGGGCGUGAAGCGGGGUACACCCUGAACCGGUCGCCAGCCAAUCGCAGGGCACGUAGAAACAAACAACCAUUCGCACUCACAUUCACACCUAUGGGCAAUUUAGAGUCUUCAAUCAACCGAGCAUGCAUGUUUUUGGGAUGUGGGAGGAAAUCGCAGUGCCCGGAGAAAACCCACCCAGGCACGGGGAGAACAUGCAAACUCCACACAGGCGCGGCCGGGAUUUGAACCCCGUACCCCAGAACUGUGAGGCAGAUAUGCUAACCAGUCGGCCAGUGCAAAAAUCAUCUUAAUUUGAUUUGACUCUUAAAUUGUCCAACAGUGUAAAUGGUUGUUUGUCUAUACGUGUCCAGGCUGUAUCCCGCUUCGCACACCAAAAGUCAUCAUGCGUUAAUAAAACGGGGUGAGUGUGAAUAGUCGGUCCUCCACAUUGUCCAAUGACAUUGCCUGGCGACCAGUCCAGAGUGUAGCCCACUUUUCUCGCCAAAAAUCAUCUUAGCUUUAAUGAAAGACUAAAUUGUUCCAAAGGGGUGAGUGUGAAUGGUUGUUUGUCUAUAUGCGCCCUGAGAAUAAGUGUCGACCGGUCCAGGGUGUAUCCCGCUUCUUUCACCAAGAGUCAUCUUAGGUUAAUGCUUGUGUGUGUGUUGGGAGGGGUCGUUCGACAUAAGAGGUUCUACUGCCUUAUCUGACGCUUAAGUUAGCACAGAUGCUAAGCAAGAGUUAGCACGGACGCUAAGCUAAAUUUGGGUUCUCCGACUUGGAUGUGUGUUUUUUGUUUUGUUUUGUUUUUUCCUGGCGUGACGCCAACUUGACCGAUGUGGACUUUUCAUUGCUUUCAUUUUGUGUUGAAUUUAUAAAAACACGCAGACAAA